AUGUCGGAUGGUGAAAAUGUCAAAGUUUCUCAAAAUGAAUGUGGGCAGACCAGCCAGAAUUUGUGUGGUAGUGAAGAAAGAGAAAAUUCUGCUGCUUUUGGAAAAGGAAAAGGAAGUGAAGUGCAAGCAAUUGCAUCAGAAGAGGAACCAGCUUUGCAGAGCCCAGAUGGAGAUUUAAUUGAUUGUGUGCUUUCUCAUCUUCAACCUGCUUUUGAUCACCAUAAGCUGAAAGGACAAUUGCCAUUGGAUCCACCAGAGAGGCCAAGAGGUUACAACUCCUCAGCUGAUUCUGUUGCUGAGAGCUUCCAGCUAUGGCGGCAGACUGGUGAAUCAUGUCCUGAAGGAACUGUUCCCAUUAGAAGAACAACAGAACAAGACAUUUUAAGAGCAAGUUCUGUUCAAAGAUUUGGAAGAAAGCCUUUAAAAUCUAUCAGAAGGGAUUCAACAGGCAGUGGCCAUGAGCAUGCUGUUGUGUUUGUUAAUGGAGAACAAUACUAUGGAGCAAAAGCGAACAUAAAUGUUUGGGCACCUCAUGUGAGUGAUCAAUAUGAGUUCAGCUUGUCUCAAAUUUGGGUUAUUUCAGGAUCAUUCAAUAAUGAUUUGAACACCAUUGAAGCUGGUUGGCAGGUUAGUCCUGAGUUAUAUGGAGAUAAUUAUCCUAGAUUCUUCACAUAUUGGACAACAGAUGCAUACCAAGCAACAGGGUGUUACAACUUACUGUGUUCAGGUUUUGUUCAAACUAACAACAAGAUUGCCAUAGGAGCUGCAAUAUCUCCAAGAUCUUAUUACAAUGGCAGACAAUUUGAUGUGGGUUUAAUGAUUUGGAAGGAUCCUCGGCAUGGAAACUGGUGGCUGGAAAUUGGGCAAGGUCUUUUAGUAGGGUACUGGCCAGCAUUUUUGUUCAGUCACUUGGGAAGCCAUGCCAGCAUGAUCCAAUUCGGAGGAGAAAUAGUAAACACAAGAUCAACGGGCUUCCACACAUCAACACAAAUGGGAAGUGGCCAUUUUGCUGAAGAAGGAUAUGGAAAAGCUUCUUAUUUCAGAAAUUUGCAAAUAAUUGAUUGGGACAACAGCUUGCUUCCUGUUUCAAAUCUUCAUUUAUUGGCUGAUCAUCCAAAUUGUUAUGAUAUAAGACAAGGAAAAAACAAGCUUUGGGGCAAUUAUUUUUACUAUGGAGGUCCUGGUAGAAAUGUACACUGUCCAUGACCAGAUUUACAAUGGCAUAGAUUUUUUCUUUUCUUUUCUUUUCUUUUUUGGGAAUUUUAUUUCUUACCCACUUUUUCUAUAGGCCUUCUUCAGAAUGUUUUGGGUUGCUGUUAUUAUUAUUAAUUUAUAUAUAUUUUUUGGUUUAUUUCUUCUU